AUGGAAGCUUUGCAAGCCUUAAAUAAUUCCUUACUCCCCCCCCCCCUCCGUGAGCGAACAAAACCAUUAGAAAAAUCGCCAUUUUUUGACCAAAAACCCACCCUCCGUGAGUGAACAAAAAUUUUUUUAAUAGAAAAAAAUUUUAAUGGAAAAAAAUUUUGAUAUAUAAGUGAUAAUUAGUAUAAUGAAAUCUAGAGCUAAUUCUGUUUAAUUUUAAACAAAUUGCGUUUUAAAACAUAAAUUUUGCAAAUUAAAUUAAUAUUUGCUUCCCAAUUUUUGCAAAUUAGGAUUUUUUUAAAUUUCGAAAAAAAUAUUUUUUAUAAAAUUUAUAUAUAAAUUUUUUUUAAAAAAAAAAAUUAACCCCCCUCCGUGAGCGAACAAAAUUUUUUUGUUCGCUCACGGAGGGGGGGGGGGGAGUUAGAGCUUCAAUGGACUCCAGAAGGCCUUUCACACGCAUGUGAAGCUAUUAUUGCCUACCUAUCCUCUCCACACCACACAAAGAAAAUUCUUCAUUUAAUUUGGACUAUCGCUAAAAAAAUUUCCCAAAAAAUAAAAGAUCAAGACCCUCUUCAAUACCAAUCUCUCUUUGAAAAAGCUUCAGGCUCUUAUCUUUUCCAGCUAAAACUCUACAAACUUCUUCAGCUGCCUGCAAAUAUCCAGAUUUUAUCUUCUUUAGUCCGUAAAUCAAUUGAAUCGAAAUUAUUCAAGGAAUCAAAAAUCCCGAAAUUUGACUUUUCUCAGCAAAAUAUAAAUCCAUUAGAAUUAGGAGAAAACGCCCCUGCAGCUAUUUUCCUGCUUAACUCAGCACCAGUUUCUCAGUUGGUGCAGAAUUUUAUCAGCACUUAUCUUAACGAUAAAGCAAUUAAGCCAAAUUUGCGUGAAUUUAUGAUCCUUUAUAAGCCUAUGCUGGCCCAGAUAACGACUCAGCAGUUUGGGGAUGAGCUAUUAGGCCUGGUAAAAAGAAUUAUUAUUAGAGCUGUAGCAUUGCUUCCUGAAGUGACCAUGAUGAUUUCUUAUUUAUCCUGCGACAUGUCGCCAUUCAUCUGGGAAAUUUUCAGUCCUAAUUUAUUAGAAUAUCUCUACAACGAAAAAUAUUUUAACGAAGCUUUAGCACUCUUUAAAGUUUUAGCUAAAAAAAGCUCAGAUUUAACUGAAUUUCAAGGCAAAUUAGUAAUGCUUCGAGAUCUGAAUGAGUCUCAAGUGUUUUCUCUGCUUUCCACAUUAUCCCAUAUCCCAAUAGCACAACUUCCAAAUCCAGAGCCUUUGGUAAACUACACAAUUGCAAUGGGAAACAGAGUGAAAAAAGAAGCCUUCAAAAAAUCUGUGGCUGAUUGUGUAGCAAACUUAAACCCACAGCCAACUCCUCAGCUGAUCCAAUAUUUGCAAAGCAAUAUCCAAAAUGCAGCUUUUGCGAAUUUAUUGAGUGUUUAUAUUAGGAAAUAUGAUCUAAAAAUUGAGGUGAAUUACCCUAAUGUGUCUUCAUCAUUAUUACUGGCAAUGGCUCUUUCUAUCAAAAUCCCUCAGCCUUGUCCAGUUCCAGUGCAGAAUUUUUUAAAUGAUAAAGGCUCAUCGUUAUAUUUACUGCAAAAUUUAUCAGCUGAUGAAUCCUUGGCUAUAGCAAGGGCAAUAAGAAAUGGGCUAGAAAUUUUCCCUGAAAGCGAAACAUUAUGCAACAAGUUUGCAGCUUUUACUUUAAGCAAGCAUGGAGCUGUAAGGAAAUUCUGCCACGAAAACUGGCCAAGGUCUCCAGUUGCUUUUCUCUGUCAUGGAUUUAUGGGCUGCGCUAAUGAUGAAAUUUUAGUCGACAAUUAUUCAAACAGUUUUAAGCCUAUUAUUACUAAGCUUAUUACUUCAAUAAAAACAAGCGAAGACGCAUAUGCAAUUGCAGAGCUGCUAAGUGCGGAUGGACUUUAUUCAAUAAAAAGGACUAGUUUUGUGGUCUCUAAAUAUCAUUCUGCAUUCAAUGCUUUUGACCCAGCACGCGUCUUUAGCUGUAAAAGAAUUGCAGGGCUUGCCUUGACUGUUGGGAAUUUCCAAGAAAUGUUUGACUAUGGGCUUGCUAAAAUUCAAUACGAAAAAUUCAAAAUCCAUAGAGAAAAAAGAGAAUUCGUAGAAGGCAGCUAUGAUAACCCUCAUUUUAAUGAAGUCCCAAAGCUUCUUCAAAUAUGUGAAGAAAUGCUGAAUAAAGCAGGCAUCAAAGGAGACCCAAGGAACAGCCAACUUGUAGAAAAAGCAUUCGGUGUUGUCUGGAACCAAAUGGCUGCAGAAGUUGGAGCUAUUCUUAACGGCUUUUCAGUCGGAAUCAAAUUGAGAGCUAAAUUGACACCAGUCCCAGAGUUUUUUGAUCGUCUCUACAGACAAGUGCUUCCAGUUGUAUAUGAAUUAUAUCAAAUCAAUGACGUAAGUGGGCCAAUUUGGCAUUUUGUUGAUACUUUGUUGUCUAACUCUAAAAGCUUCAGCCGAGUUGCGUCACAAUUUACUACAGCAUUUUUAAGAAGUUCUUUAAAUAUUACCAGUGAUAAAGCCCUGAAUAAAAUUUUCAGCUUUGUUGAUUCAAAUAUUUCAAUAUCAAAGCUUGACUUAAAUGAAGCUUAUUUAUUAGAAAAAAUUGUUAUCUAUGUGCUGAGGCAGUUAGGAACUAGCUUAAGGUCUUCAGCUUUGAGCAUGAUGAUUGAAUUUUUAUAUGCGAAAAACUUUUUCUCACUAGAAGACUCAAUCCAGCAGAUCUGCCACGUUUUGCAAACUUAUAGCAGCCCACUCAUAAACUCUAUUUUCCCUCCGCUUAUCCCUCUCUUAAAGCCUCACCACUGGGAGCCUCUUUUUGACAUUCUUUUACUCCUUGAGCCUCUUACAAAGCAAGUGCUUCUUGACUAUUUAUUACAAUAUGAAGAUACAAUUCCAAAUGAAAAAUGGUCAGUUUCCACAAUUUAUUUAUCCCUUUUUGACGAAGUUGAUACCGUUUCCAGCUGUUCUCAAGAGAUUUGGGAGAAAUUUAACUUUAAACUGACAUUGGACAUAUUCUUAGACAAUAUUUUGGUAUGUAUUUUUCAUGACAAUGUAGAUAUUCAAACAAUGGCAGCUAAAGGGACAGCAAAGGCUAUGGAAAGCAACGAAGACUGGAAAGCUCCAGCCAUGCACAGAGCAUUUGUGGAGUUUGAUAGGAGAAAUGACAAUAGAGAAGGAAUUAUCAAGCUGCUUAAUCAAUGUGUAGAAAUUUUGCCUAAAGCGCUGGUAAUUGAAACAGUCGAGUUUAUACUUGAUAAAGGGAUGGAAGACCCUACAGACCACUUCAGAAGUGGCCUGCUUGAGACUGGAAUUUUGUAUUUGAAUACACGUGGAGAAGCUUAUGUUAACGAAAUUUUCACAUUGCUUCAGCUGAGAAUUGACUCGCCUCAUGAAAGCACAAGACAUUCAGCAGUUGUGAUGCUAGGAUUUCUCGCUAAGUUCUUUGGUCCUGAAGAUUUCAGAAUAGAAAGCACAAUUGAGUUGCUGCUUAAAUCUUUGGACAUUCCUUCAGAUAUGCUGGCAAGCACUGUUUCUAAAUGUCUGCCAAGACUUGCAUCGUAUAGGCCUCACCUAUUAGAGGGAUUAAUUGAUAGAGAAGUCAAAAAAAUUUUCGAUAAAAAACCUAUUAAGCAAAAAAGAGGUGCGGGGUAUGGUCUGGCUUCUCUUAUUGAAUCUUAAUGCUAAUUCUAAUACAAUAUGUGUUUAAGAGUUCAAGUUUCCUGGGUCCUCCGUUCUAUAGUGAUGUUCUGCUGGAUGGCUGAUCGUAAACGCUGUAAGCCUAGACCAAAACCCCUUUUUCGAAGGGAGUACCCUAUAUCCAGAGAUAAGCAUUUACUAGGAAAUUCAAUUCAAACUUGCAACGUUGAUCAAGCUUAUCCCGAUACUGGCUGCUUCCUAGGCCAGAUCGUUGCAUUAAAGGGAAAAGAGCUGGAGAGACUCCCAUUUUUGUCGUCUAAUUGCCUUCCCUUUUUUUCGGUUAUUUCGAGAAAGAGCUCAACAGCUUUCACCAUUUGGGGCCAGCUUAAGGGAAAGUAAGUUCCUUGCCUCAUACUGCUCGCCUUCCUCUAUGGCCGGAAAAAAAUAUGCAAUUAACUACCCAAGGAGUCAGGACUGAAAUUAGCUGACUCAUUAUCUCUUGCUUUGAGGUUACUGACUAUUUCUAUGGUAAAAUUGCAGCUCAAAACCCACCCUCUAGAAUACGAUCCACGCCUCCUGCAGCUUUUAUAUAUGGAUUCUCUUAUUAAAGGAGGUGGAAUAAAGACCCUUAUAAGCUACCACAUUUUAGACAUUUUUGAAAACAUCAUAAACAACAAAAAAGCGCCUACACUCGACAAAGGAGCUAUUCUUAUUGCAAUUGAAGGGCUUUGUUCAGUCCUUGGGAGAUCAUUUGAGCCUUAUUUCGGAGAAGUACUGCCGUUCAUUUUAGACUGUUUUUCUGAUAAAGAGCUGCAAGAACAAGCUAACAAUGCUGCCAGAGUGCUUAUGUCGAAGCUUUCAGCUAAUGGGAUGAAGAAAAUUCUGCCAUUGCUAACUCGUGGAUUAGAAGAAACCAAAUGGAAAAGUAAAGUCGGAGCUAUCGAAGCUUUAGGAAAAUUAGCAUUCUGCUCAUGGAGACAGCUUGCUUUAUGUCUACCAGACGUAGUCCCACAAGUGGUAAAAGCUUUUUCAGACACCAACCCAAAUGUACUUGAUGCUGCCAAAACUGCUAUUACUGAUAUUGGCUCAGUAAUUACCAAUCCUGAAAUAUUCCAAAUUGUUCCGAUCUUAACCAAAGCUCUUGGCGACAUUUCAGCUUUGAGCGAAGUCUAUAAAGUACUGAUUGACACAGCAUUUCACCAUUAUAUGGACGCUCCAUCUCUCAGUUUAUUAAUACCAUUAAUAGAAACAGGCUUAAAAUCCAGAAGUAUAGAGCUUAAAAAACAAGCUUGUCAAAUAGUAGGAGGAAUCACAAAGCUCAUAUCAGACCCUAUGGAAAUUUUCCCAUACCUGGAACGUAUCGUGACUUCUCUGAAAUAUUCUUUAUUUGAUGCUUUGCCUGAGGUUAGAAAUAUUGCUGCUCAAAACUUAGGAGCUUUAUGCAAUGGGAUUGGAAAUGAGCUUGCCCAGCCUAUAGUUGACUGGCUUCAAGACAUCAUGCAAAACAACAAUCCUAAUGUAGAAAGAUCUGGAGCAGUCCAUGCUUAUAGUGAAAUUAUUUUAUAUAAUGACCAUUGGGAGCAGCUUCUGCCUGACCUGUUGAAAAAAUGCAAUGACGAUUCUCCAAUAAUUAGAGAAAGCUAUCUUGGGGUCUUUAUUUUUAUCCCACCAAACACACAAGGAAAAUUUGAAAGAUACCUCAACAAAGCCCUCCCUAUAUUUUUAAAGAAUUUAAGCCACGAAAAUGAAGACGUCAGAAAAAUCGCUGUCAGAGUUGUGCAGUUGCUUAUACAAGACUAUGGCAGGACUAAUAUGGAAAGCUUUUUCGUUCCUUUAGAAGAAGGGCUUUUCCAGCAGAACUGGAGGACCAGACAAAGCUGCAUCACACUUAUGGGAGAAAUGCUAGAUAAAAUGGAAGCUUUAGGCAGAAGAGAAGGAAAACAGCUGAUAAACCACGAAAUAAAGAACAGGAUACUUGCAUCUGUUUAUAUUUUGAGAUCUGACCACUCGGGGACAAUUCAUGUUAAUGCUGUUUCUAUCUGGAAAUCACUUGUGGAAAACACGCCUAAGUUUUUGCUUGCCUUGACACCUGAACUGGUUUUGAGAGUAGUACAAAUUUGUGAUAAAGAUGUGUCAGAACCACGAGAAAUAGCUGGGACUUCAGUGCAAGGACUGAUUUCUAAAUAUCAAGGGAAGCUCUUUUCAAGCUAUUUAAGACACUUUGAAAUGUACUUUGACAAAUAUCCCAAAGGUGUUGCUUUUGCGUUAAGAAUUGUAUGUGAAUCUGCAACUAGAAACCUAUUGAUUACUUAUAGUGACAAUAUUAUUCAAAUCUUAGAGCAUUUAUUGCACUCUAAUGAUAAAGAUUUCUUAGAAAAUGCAGGUGGGAUCUUCCAUGACUUAUACAAUAAAACAACUAUUGAUAAUAAAGAUCCAGGCGCCCUAUCUCUGCUUGACAAAGUAGUCGUUUAUCCAGCUGCUUGUAGAGAACUUUUGAAAUUCAAAAAUGAUGGGAUUACCAAAGCACUUCUUCCUAAAAUUAUGAGCUCGGAGCACAGAUCAAAAACUCUUCCUGAGGUCGCAGAUCUAAUAGCUGAUGACUUAUUUAAUAUCAGAGAACUAAACGACAUUUUUACACAAAUUAUCAAUGGAGGUGAUUCUCUUCUAAACGCUACCAAAAUCAUAAUAGCUUCCCUUAGUGACCAUUCUAAUCUAGAAUCUGCUUUAAAUAAGCUGGAAUACCCAGUCCAAAGUGUCCUUCACAUAGUGGACUAUUUCUGCUCACACACCAAGCUGAAUUUCACUGGAUACGUUGACAAGCUGUUAACACUGAUUCUUCCAGCUCUCCUUGUAAAUGAGCCAGAAACCAUAGCAUUUUUGCCAGAAGUUUUGAAGAAAACCAUAGCCUCUAUACCUAAAGAAGAGCUCUGUUUCUAUUUCCCUAUCUUUAAAUCACACCUCAGCAAUGCUCGUAGGAUUCAGUUAUUCAAUGAGCCUAAAGGCCUUGACCCAUUUUUACCUAUUCUACAAAGCGCAAUUAUGUAUGGAAGCCCAGAAAUCAAAGAAAUGGCCUCAAGAGGAUACUGUGAUAUUAUACAGCUGACUGAUGAAGCUCCUUUACUUCCUUAUGCUGUCAAUAUAGCUGGACCUUUAAUCAGAGUUUUAAGUGAAAGAGUCCCAGGUGAUGUAAAAGUUGGGAUUUUAGACGCCCUUUAUUUUUUGCUAGAAAAAAGCCCAGCCAAGCUGAAAACCUUUGUGACACAGCUACAAAGCGUGUUUGUGAAAUCUAUGAGUCAUACUGAGAAAAACGUCAGAGAUGCAGGACAUAGGAAUUUGAUUGAACUUUUGAAGCUGAAACCAAGAGUGGACUUAUUGGUAAGUGACCUCUGCGGACUGGAUGGACCUGAAGAAAUUGUGGUACAAGGACUGCAGACUCUUCAAGAAGUGGCUAGAAGAACUGAAAUCCCAAGCCAAUCUAAAACAAGUGCAGCCAAUAAAAUGAUGAACGAUUUGAAAGAAAACACAGCCAGAAGCGUCACUUAUGAGGCUGGAAAACUACUUGGACUGAUUGCGCCACAUCCAUAAUUAAAAUAUGGCGUCUUCGUCUGGGCAUGGCCUCCCGGCCAUGCAGCCUCGACUCAUAUUUUAAUUAUAUCCGGCAAGGUUUUACCAUUUCAGAGAUGGACAGCAAUGCUAGGUAAGCAAUUCUGGUAGCUUUCAGAGCCUAGCCCAAGUCUAUUCUCAGGGUGGAUUUUUCCUCGUGGGGAAGGAGGGUGCAAGGUUGGAAAGGGGAAGCCCAGCAAAGUCCUCUGGACCAUUCGGGCAACUCCCUAGCGUGAAACUGGGCGUUACGUCCCAGGCUUUGCAUUUUUCCUUUUUGCCGAUAGCCGACCAGAAAAAUCCAUUUUUGGGUUUUUCGGAAAAGCAACCCAUGUACAAGCAAGUAGCUCAUCCAUGAGCCGUCGAAGACGUGGACAUUUGCCCUGGAAGCACCCUGGUGAUCAAAGCGAGUUUGUCUCCAGCAGACUGGUGGGCCCGAUGCGACGAAAGGCGAGUGAUAAACCUGGAGUUGUAACCCCGUAGUGGACGUUAAGCGAUAUAAAUUCUAAUGUAAUGUAAUGUAAUGAUUGCGCCACAUCCUCCUACUAUUUUAGAAAGUCUUCCUAUUAAUGAAGCAGGCCUUCAUAUUGCUGAAACAAUGCUAAGUGAGCUUCCAGAAGAGAAUUUAUAUCAGGCAGAAGGAUAUUUUGAUGAGCUUAUCAAUUCAAAUUAUACAGAAGCUCUUGGACUCUUAACAAAUCUCUCAAAAGUUCAUCCAAAAGCUACAUUUAUGAUCAGUAUGAGACAUUUUGACCUCUUUGCAAAUAACUUAGCCCCAGCUUUGCCUUUACUAAUAUCAUUACCAAGUGAGGAGUUUUCUGCAAAUAUCGAUGCCCUCAGCGAGCUGCUCCCUGCAAUUGCGAAAGCUUGCAAAGCAGGUGGCGACCCUAACCUAGACCAAGCUGUCAUUAACAUUUUUUCAAUCAACAAAAAGAAAAUCGAUAACGUCCUAAAAGCUUUACAUUUGCUAGAUCAAGGUGCUGACCAAGUGUUUUUCAGACAGUACGCAGAAAGACUUAUCCAAGGCUAA